AAUAUAUAGAAUGCCUGGCCUUAAGAAUGUUCUAGAACACCAAGAGAGUGAAUUCACUCUGCUCGGCACCCCUGACAAUUAUAAACAGAUUCUUGGAACAUGGGAGUUAGAAUCUUCAGAAAAUUUUGUUGAAUUUAUGGGAGCUCUAGGAGUUUCUUCCUUUAUGUUGAUGGGUGAGGAUGUUAUGAAACCAAUUAUUGUUUUUUCAUUUGUGAACCAGCUCAACCAAUUCAAGAUUGAGACCUCCACAGCAUUGAAGAAAUGUGAACUUGUUUUCAGUCUUGGAGAACCCUUUGUUGAGAUUACAGGGGAUGGAAGGAGAACUAACAGCACUGUACAGCUUGAAGGAAACAUUAUGACUCAUGUACAGAAUGGAGAAUUGGCCCGGGGGGAAAAAAGUACAACAAUUGUUCGUAUUUUCAAAGAGAGCAGCCUAGAAACAGAAUGCACUAUCACAGGUCCAGGAGAGAAAAUUUCAUGUAAAAGGGAAUGGGGCAUGUCGAGUAUAUCAAAUAAUGAAGACGACUUUCUAUUUCAAUUUUAAUUUGUAUCAAGUUGUUUAACAGCAUGGAUAGUGGAUAAACCUCAAAUUGGAGGGAUAAUUAGGUAUUGUCAUAUUUUAUUGAUGAACAUUUUAUAAAUAGGACAUUUUAUAAUAUAUUGGAUAUAUUGGAAAAAGACAUUUCAAAGAUUGAUUAUGUUAUAGAAAAAAAAUCUUAGACAGAACAAUUAAUUAAGAAAUUUAAACAAGAAAUAUUAAAAAAGAGAUUUCAAAAAAAGGAAAUUUCGACAACUAAGAACAAUUCUUAUAGUUAAUUAUCUGUGGUAGGCGAUAUAUCAACAAAUGAAGACGACUUUCUACUUCAAUUUUAAUUUAUAUCAAAUUGUUAAACAGCAUAGAUAUUGGAUACACAUAAACAUAGAAGUAAAGAGAAUCUGUCGAUUAAAAAGCCUCUCU